AUGACCUGCCCACCUUGUGGAUGUCGUCGAUGCCCUAGUGGCACACUUACGACCCUGCAAAGCGCAUGUGCAAGCGGUUUGAAUGAACCCUGGCCACGCCACUUGGGAACCACUUGCUCUCCACCGAAAACACAAAGCGCUCAAUCAAAAAUAUGUGAAGGUGUCGGUAUGUGGGGCGCGUGGGGCGCGCAGGCGGGCUGGUGGUGCGGCGCGCUGGCGGCCGCGCUACUGGCGCUGCUCGCGCUGUGUCGCCGCGCCCGGAAGAGGACCCCGCCGAGACCGCCCGCCACCGUCACACAGGUGCAGAUCGUGUAUGGCGGCCCGGCGCGUGUAGUGGCGGCUGGUCCGCCGCCGGGCGCGUCUCGUGCGGUCGCGUCCCUGUCGUCCGCGCCGCCCCCCGACCCGCCGACCCCCGCCGACCCCUCUCAACCCACUCUCCCUCAGAUCCUCGUCGUCCAGGACAGCACCCAGAACACUGUCCCCCAACAGAGUGACCCCCAACCCUCGAGCUCACAAGGCCCCAGACCGUUGGAGUAUCACGGAAUCCCCAAGUUGCCACUUCCUGAGCAGUGGCUCCAUAAACGACCUUUCGAUUACAAGUACUCCGCUAUACCCCGGCCUCUAGCUCAAAUCGUGAGUUCGGAUCUAACGGUAGAUCUGCAGAGAGAGUCGCGGGCUAAGAAAUUUAGUGCUACGAGGUCGCCGUCCUUGGAAAAAGACGAGAAGUCCCCCUUCGUUAGCAGUGCUAAGUCUGAAGAUAUGGAAGUGUUCGGCUUCGACGCUGAAUCCGUGAGAAAAUUAAGUGAAGAUAGAGAUAAGCCCGUGGAAAUGGCGGAACUUCCGCCGCAGUCUCCACAAGAGAGCGAUAAAGAAAUGUCGCCCAAUAACCUCAGGAGGUUCCGGUCAGUGAGCACCCGCCUUAACAUGUGCAGUGUCAGCGAAAGCCCUCAUCCCGAAGGUCACCAGGAACGGUUGGAGAUGCAGAACUCCCCGCGCGUCGUUGAGUGCAGUUCUGCCAAAGAGAAGUCAUCGGGUACUAAAUUCGAUUUCUCACCAAAGAUCCUAGCUGACAGCAUGUGCUCCCCGCGGUUCUUCACUCCACCCGAGAUGGUUUCACCGAUGUUCUUCGCGGAACCCUCACCGAAAUCGGUUUACUACGAUACCGUGCGAUCUCCGAAGUUUUUUCCUGAAACUCCACGAGACGUUGAAGUGCCACAAUCGCCGCGACUCUUGGGAGACCAUCGGAACAGAACGAACGGCUUAACAGAGAAACCGACCUCACCGAAGGUUUUAAGUGCUCGACCCAGUCCUAAGGUUCAUAGCUAUAAUAAAGAGAAUUACUUCACCUUCGAACAACCGAGUGCCACAGAAGAGAGUGCAGCGAGGAUGUCGCCCCGACCGAGGAGGUACGGAGGAAGAAAUUCCAUAGAAAGAGAAAGAUUCACGCCCCCCGCUGAUAAAGAAGUUAAGAAAUACAGAAGACACAACAGUUGUGACACGAGUUACAAGAGUGUAGAGUUAAAUAUACCCAAGUGUGAUAAUAUAUUAGAGACUGAUGCCACCAACGUGGUUGUGAUAGAAAAAGACGUAGUGGACUGCUGUGCCAAAGUAGAUUCAUUGCAUGUCGAUGCAGCACUUGAGAGUGAUAAACACGAAUUGAAGCCCAUAUCGAACACGGCGCAGGCGAGACGACAACGAUUAAAAUCGAUAUCACUCGACUCCGAUAAUGCCAAAAUAAUCGAACAGAACUUAGGUUUACCGAUAGCGAAGCAAAUGAAAGACCAAAUGAACGAGGCUUAUAAGAAUCAAGAAGUGAGUACGUCGUGCGAGAGUAUGGAGAGGUAUCCGAAAACACCGACCGCUGAACGACCUAUGUUCAAAUUUGAUGCGGAACAUAAAGAAAAACCUGAGCCAGAAGCUAAACCGGAAGUUAAACAGAAAAAGUGCCUUCGUCAAAGUUCUGACACACAGUCAUUCCUUGAUAUGCCCAGGUUUUCUCCCAAAGAAUUUGAGAUAACGGUUACAUCAGAGGAAGGCGCCACUACCGCCGCUGAAACACAGACCAAGAAGAAAGGCAAGAAUUUAAGAAACUUAACGAUAGAUUUAUCGAAACGAGACAGCGAUUUAGAAAAGGAAUUGCUCGAAUUUGAAAAACUGUAUACGGAUGCCGAAGAAAAGAAAGUUAAAACACCAACACUGAAAGUUAAGGCUACUUCAUUAGACUCGUCAGAAAGUGUAAACCUCUCACUGCCACCUAAAAAGUCUCUGGAAGUACCGCAGAAUUCCAUAUCAGUUCCAAACACGCCGAAGCGUCAGUUGAAGAGAAUUUUGGCUCAGAAAAGUGGAAAACAUGACAUUGUUGGGAAACUGGGCUACACGACCGUACAGUGUGGCGCAGACCAAAGACGGUUAUACAUGAAGGGACAAGAUAGUGGGAUAUUUUUAAGAGAGAACCACGCGAGUCUGAUGCUGUACCAACCAGGAACAUCCCGUAUUGGUUCGAGAACAAUGGGUUCCUUCGACGAAAAUAUGGCAGACAAUGCACCAGAAAUAAAUGUUGUUGAAACUAGACCUUUUCAUAUAGAACCAGGUCAAACACUUGGUUCUAAUCUGCUCAACUACAAACAGAAUCUAAGCGUGUCCAGCACAAACUUGAAGACUCUUCCCGAAGGAGUUCCGUCUGAUGAUUUUGAACCCAGCGCAGAAGAUGAGAAAGUAGUGAAAAAACUACAUCGACGAAAUUCUAAUCAGAGUUUAAUGCUGAGUACACACAGCUUACAAGAGUCCAACUGUUCGCUCAGCAGCGCUGGUACAUCUUGCCACAACCUCAAUACAGUUAGAACUAGCAUAUCAAAUUUCAGUCUAAAUGACAGCAGGCAGAAGAAACUGUCUCUGGAAAGAAGGGAUUCUAACGUCAGCAUAAACCCAAUGGACCAUAUAACGCCCACAACACGAGUCAUAUGUUCUUCAAAUACCAAUUUAACCGGUGACGUGUCGAAGAACUGUUUAUUACAACGGCGCGGAUCGAAUAACAGCUUAACAUUAAACAUACAUUCAUCAAAUAAUUUAAGUCGACAUUCUAGUAACAGUUCCUUAAACAAAGAUGCUAAAAUCGGCCAGAAAAAGGGUCUAUUGGAACGCAGGAGCUCAAAUACAUCUCUCACGCUGAAUAUAAACUCUUCAAAUCCUCAGCUAUCUACUAAUAGAGGAUUAAGUAUAUCAAACUACAACCUGAACGGGUCGACCUGCAACCUGAGUAGAUACAACAGUAACCAUAGCAUAGACAACGCGGAACCACGGAAAGGUAUCCUGGAAAGACGAAGUUCGAACACCUCCCUCACUCUGAACAUACCUCAGGAACCUCGAGAUUUGGAGAUAGAUGAGACGAUGUUAGACGCGAACCUUAAAGAAAUCCCACACAGAGACAAACACAGGAAAUCAUUAAGCACAGAAAAUUUGAUACCGAAAUCAUAUAAGAAUAGGACACGCCUGCGAUCCACUGAAAAGGGUUUCGGCUCACACGAUAAUCUAUGGUCGACGUCCUUCAACGAGCAGGAGUAUGGACAGAAUUUAACAUACGUCUGCGGCGAUCAGGAAAAUGAGAUUAUUUACGCGUUCGGUCGUCAAGAAGACCCGAAUUUCCAGGCUGGUUUUGUACGGAACAUUACCACGAAACCGCUCAGUCCUCAGAGCACUUCUGAAGACUUUAGGUUAUACUUAGCUAAUAUGCAGCACUUACAGAACGCAUCGAGCGUUCUAACUCGUCAGCAGCUUAGAGACUUGAACGACGUUUUUCAAAACGGGUACUCCAAAGUUAAAUGUCUUAGUACGAACGAGGGUCAACAUUGCUGUACGGGCAGAGUUGACGACAUCGCUAAAGAAAACCCACAGAUGGUGAUCCCAGACGUAGCACCACAACCAUGUUCCGAAUACCAGAAGAUGCUAUUGAGGAAUCUUCAUCAAGAAUUCUGGGACAUGCCGACGAACUUCCAGGAGAAACCCAUAGUUUCUGGAUCACACCCCAAGAACAGAUACAAGACGAUCUUACCAAACGAACAUUCCAGGUUCAUUUUAAGAGCGGACGCCGGCAACACCGAGGGAUACAUAAACGCCAAUUAUAUUAAGGGCCACGAAUACACGAAAAACAGCUACAUAGCGACGCAGGGUCCGCUUCAGAACACCAUGUACGACUUCUGGCUGAUGGUGCGACAAAAUAAUAUGGAACUACAGGCUCGAGCUGAUACAAUACAUAACAGAACAGAGGAAAGAUCAGAAGCUAUACAGAAGAUAGUGAUGUUGACCAACUUUAUAGAAAAUAACAGACAAAAAUGUGAAAAAUACUUCCCCUUAGAGAAAGGUGAAGAGAUCACCAUAUCAAGUCCGAUCUUGAGCGAAACUUGUGCAGAAGAAUCACCCAAGAACAGUUUCAUCAUCAAAAACGUGGGUAUGUCUAAAAAAUCUGGCUACACAGUUCGCAAGCUAGAUGUAAGAUAUAGCGGGGAAACUGAAAGUUUAACAGUAUACCACUACUGGUUUCACAACUGGGCCGAUCACAAGUGCCCCAAAGAUGUGAACGCAUUACUCAACUUGAGUCUGGACGUUUUACGUGAAGAUAUAAAUGAUUUCGAGGCUCGUGAUGAUGAGAAGGACGAACAGUGCAAGUGUAUCGACAGCCCCAAGGGUUCAAAGUUCGUGUUUCCACCGAUGGAAUCAGAAAGUGUUGCAUGUCCGGUCAAAGUGUGUGUCUCUACUCCUAUGAAGUUUACAAAUGAAAGUAACUCCCCGCCUACCAUAGUUCAUUGCUCAGCUGGCAUAGGUCGUACUGGCUGUCUGAUAGCCAUACUGAACGGCAUCAAGCAACUUACCAGCGAGGAAAAGGUGGAUGUACUGGGUAUUGUGUGUAACAUGAGACUCAACCGAGGCGGGAUGGUGCAGAACUCUGAGCAGUACGAACUAAUACAUAAAGUGCUGUGUCUCUUCGAACAGGCCUGUCUGCCUCACUUAUAG